AUGCUUCAGUUUCUGUGUUUACUGACCUGUGCGACCGUUGGUCUCACGCAGAGGUUGGUGACGUUCCAGGUUGCGCAACCGCCACCUCUCCCACAUGAUGCGAAGCAAUGCACCAUCCGGCUCUUCGAGCAUACAUUCGCAAACUCGUAUGGAGCCCCAGCGGUGGUCGACUACACUCCGCCAACAGACUGCGGCGACAUUGGCUCGUGGGCUGGCAUCAGUCUCAACUUCACUGUGACCUCCAACGGAACUCAGUAUGACCGCCUCGGGAUCUUCACUUUCCAGAAUGUUGAAAUCUGGCGCACCUCGACACCGGAGCCCAGUCGCACUCCCGAGGGCAUCGUCUGGCAGUAUCUCAAGGAUGUGACCCGCUAUACGCCUUUAUUCGCCGAGCCUGGAACCUUCGUACUUGAACUUGACAACAUCGUACAGACCGGACUGGAUGGGGAGUACGCAUCGACUCUAGACGCGACCUUCUACGCAUCAUCACCCAAGCAUCCACCGGCGCCGAAGGCGGAUGUCAUCAUCCCCAUCACUACGAUGGCCAACGAUACUGGAGAUGAUGCCUCGGUACCACCUGCAUUCUCGCUGAAUGUCAGCCUUCCACGAAACGCUGUAGCCGCAUAUGCAGAACUGCAGGCAUCUGGGAACGGUGUCGAGGAAGAAUGGUACUACAACAUACCUAACGACUAUCUUCCGCUUCUUCCUCCGGCAGCCACCUUGAGCGAGAUGGCUUUUGGGAACGGUCCCUUCCGUGAAGUACGCUUCCUCGUGGACGGCAAGGUCGCGGGUGUUGCGUUUCCGUACCCAAGUAUCUUCUCCGGUGGCAUCUCCCCAACCUCUUGGAAGCCCAUCAUCUCCUACGGCGCGAUGGACCUGCCCACUUAUCACAUCGAUCUCACACCCUUCGUGCCAAUUCUCACAGAUGGCGAUGCACACGUAGUCAGCUUGGACGUUGCGUCUGCCGAAUCCAACCAUACCAUCAACGCGAACUGGUAUGUUUCAGGCCUACUUCAGGUUGUUCUCGACUCUUCCGACGAGCCGACAACGGGCAAGAUCAUAAAGUACGAGGCGGAAGACUACGCCGACUCUUCACAGACGCUCGACACGACAAAGAACAACACGCUCGAGUUUACUGUGAAGGCCACGCGCAACGUGCAUAUUGAGAGCGAGAUCGUUGCAGGUAGCGGAGAGAAGACCAGAGUGGUCUUCACACAAGCGUUGACCUACUCGAAUACGCAGUCGUAUCUCAACAACGGCUCAGUACAGCUCUCUAAUCAGCAUAGCUCCGGAAUCGUCAGCUCAACACACAACGGGAAGGUUGUCCUCAAGGACGACUUCGCCUAUCCGUUGUUGGUGAAUACGACCUUCACGAACGCGAACUUCAGUGAUUGGCAAACGUGGACCAAUCACUCGUAUAACCGCGAGUUGCUGCCCGCUCCGUUCCUUCUCGGCUCAACCAUUGCCGAGCAUCAGGUCGCAGGUGGCAACUUCUCAGUGCGGUCAACCGGCAACGUAGGCUCGAAUGGCACGAGCGAGAACACCUUCUCGUACGUGGAUACCAAGGGCAACACCUUCAAGCAGAGCGUGACUGCCUUCGAGAACACCAUCACUUCGAAUACCGAGAGUGGCAAUCUCGCGCCGAGCCCUCUACCACGAGCAGACUGA